AUGUCCCAUUCUCCCGAGAGUCCAGAGAACACCUGGAAGCAAAGCCUGACGGCCGCAGAAAGAUAUGACAGUAUCCAGAAACUACAGCAGUUUGUGGCCGCGGCAGGGCUGAGUGAAAACGCCUUUGCCCUGGAGAAAAACGCCUAUGAAUCUGCACGCACCAGGGAGGAGUACGAUGCAUUUUGCAACCAGUCCCCUUUUGGAUCUUCCGAGGCAGAUCAGGCCGCAAUGGCUGUUGCUAACGAACAGAGUGAAGAUGAGAACGCCGGAGUGGAUCAUGGAGUUACCAUCGGUGACUAUCACAACUGCCACUACAUCACCAGCGGUGUGACUGCCGAUGUCUACAGAGCCGGAGACAGGGCGCUCAAGGUCAUCGUCGAGACCAGAAACAUUGAGCCUCAUAACCCCACACGAGAGGCAAAGCUCCUGGGCCUCUUGAGCAAGCCUUGCAUCCCUCUGCUCGACACCUUUCGGGACCACGAACAGCGUCUGGUCUUAGUCUUUCCAUACAUGCCGCUGACUCUUGAGAGCCUUCGGGAGCGGGUGCCUCUCACAGACAGCCACAUCCGCAUCAUCUUCAAGGAUGUCUUUACUGCCUUGGCCUCUUUACAUAGCCAGGGAAUCAUUCACCGCGAUGUCAAGCCUUCCGCUAUUCUCCUUGAAUCCCCCACAGGGCCAGCCUACCUUUCCGACUUUGGCGCCUCCUGGCAUCCGACUCUCUCAGCAGCCACGGAGCCCGCAGACAACAAGAUCUUGGAUAUUGGUACCGGCCCCUACCGAGCCCCUGAAGUCUUGUUUGGGAAUCACUCCUAUGGGCCUCCUGUCGACAUGUGGGGGGCAGGCGUGAUGCUUGCCGAGUGCUGCAGAGAAGGGGCGAACAAGCAGCUAUUCGAGUCACGAGCUGUGCAUGAGGACGGGAACCAACUGGGCCUCAUUCUCAGCAUAUUCAAGACGAUUGGGUCGCCGACGAGGGAGAGCUGGCCCGAGGCUGUGAACUUCAGGACGCCGCCCUUUGACAUCUACCGCGAGUUCGAGUGUCGCUCAUGGGAUGAAAUACUUCCGGAUGUGACUGAGGAGUGGAGGGAACUGAUAAGUGCCCUUGUGAAGUAUGAUAGUGGAAGAGCUACGGCUGAGCAGGCACUACAAUACCGUUGUAUGAAUCAAGUGUGA